AACAUAUAGGCCCAUGUUUAACAAUACGUGUGUCUUUUAAAAUUAAACAUACUUAUAUAUAUUAAAAUAUAAAUUCACGAAACUUUACUAUUUAAACAGAGGAUUACAGGUGGUUCUUCGCAUAACCAUAAAAUCAACUCGAUUUCCCUCUUUGUUUGUACUUUCACCCGAAGAAUCCUCUUAAAAUAUUCCAAAUCCCGAAACUACCCUUUUUCAUGGAGAAGCCAUCAUCGGAGCAAGGAUCUCGGGAACAUCUACUCCAUCCUGAGUUUCCGCCGUCGCGUUUCCCCUUCUUGAGCACCGUCCUCUGGUUCGACAAGUCUAGUCGCGGCACCGCUCUGCUUUCCUGGUCCGUUUUCUUCAUUCUCGUCGUCGGCGUCCCGAUCAUCUCCCACUUCGUCCUCGUAUGCUCCGACUGCGAUUUCCACCACCGACGCCCUUACGACGCCGUGGUUCAGCUUUCUCUCUCGAUUUUCGCCGGAAUCUCGUUCGUUAGCCUCUCCUAUUGGUCGAGGAAGUUCGGGAUGCGACGGUUCCUGUUCCUCGAUAAGCUCUUGGAUGUUAGCGACAAGGUUCGGAUCGAAUACGAAGCUGAGAUUCAGAGAUCAAAGAAACGGCUAAUGAUCUUCGUCCUCCCAUCACUAACACUAGAAGCGACCUACAGAAUCUGGUGGUACAUCUCCGGCUCCGACCAGAUUCCUUACCUCAUCAACCCUCUUCUAAGCAACGUCAUCGCCUGCACUCUCCAGCUCUCUUCUUGGCUUUACCGCAACGCCAUCUUCAUCACCGUCUGCAUCCUCUACCAAAUCACAUGCCAUCUCCAGACUCUCCGUCUCAACGACUUCGCACGCUGCUUCGCCUCUGAGAUCACAGACGUUGGCGCAGCUCUCGCCGAGCACCAAAAGAUCCGUCGUAAUCUCAGAAUUGUUAGUCAUCGUUUCAGGAGAUUCAUUCUCUUGUCUUUGAUUCUUGUCACCGGUACUCAGUUCAUGGCGUUGCUUACCACGACCAGAGCUAGUGUUGCUGUCAAUAUCUACGAAGUUGGCGAGCUUGCGUUAUGUUCGUUGAUUUUGGUUACGGGAGUAUUCAUAUGUUUGAGAAGUGCAACGAAGAUAACUCAUAAAGCUCAGUCUGUAACAAGCCUUGCAGCUAAAUGGAACGUGUGCGCCACGGUAGACUCGUUUGAGAACCUUCAUGAUGGAGAAACUCCUACAGCUUCAAAUGUUGAGUCACAGAUUUCAACAUGUCGCAAUGAGAUGGAUACAUCUGAUGAUGAGGAAGGAGAAGGAGACGAUGAACUUGACAAUACUAAGAUACAUCCUAUCUAUGCCAAUACCAUUUCUUAUCAAAAACGUCAAGCUCUAGUGACGUAUCUGGAGAACAACAGAGCUGGGAUCACAGUGUAUGGAUUCCUUGUGGAUAGAUCAUGGUUGCAUACGAUUUUCGGGGUUGAACUUGCUCUUCUUCUAUGGUUGCUCAAUAAAACAAUCGUGAACAUAGCAUGAAUAAGGUAUUUGAUAAAUACAUAGUAAAAUAUAGGACUGGAUUGUUUUUGGCAUGUUGUAUUCUAUAGAAGAGAUGACGAAGAAGAAGAAGAAGGGUAGAUAUUGUUUCACCGUGGCGAUGAUAUGGUUUCUCUCUUCUUUCAGUUUUGUUUAAUUAGUGUUUACAAAUACGGAAAGUGUCACAAGUAUUUUUUUUGUUCAGUAAUAGAUACAAAACAUGUACGUGGUUCUAAAAUAUAUAUGUAUCUCUCUAUCUGUAUAGAUGUUUGAUUUGUCUUUGAGUUUAAUUAAGACAUGUAUGAUGUAUUGACUUCAAGUUACUAACUCUGUCUGAUAUGUAUGCUUUGCAGUAUAGAGUGACGAAUAAAUAAAACAUGUCAUUUUGUA